AUGGCGUCUAGGUUACUCUCUGUGGCCUCUGGCUCAUCGCCAUUGGAGACAAUUGUUCAGCUUAGCUCUGGUGAAUUUUCAGGCAAUGUUGCAAUGAACCUGCUUAUCAUUGAUCAUGUAGCUGCCGUUAUCGUUUUCGAACACUCUUUCUACAUCUUUGACAAGCAGCGCUAUCUUCAGGACCAGCAGCAGUCUCUUCCCUACAUUACUGACGCUCUCGAGCAGUACGUGGUGUCUCCACAUGCUGCUGCUGUCAGGGAAGCUGGGAGUGCUGCCGUCCGUAAAUAUCAAGAGGCUGUGAGCACUGUCGAAAAAAAACCAUCUACUUGGAAGGCGAAGCUACCUUUUGAACGCUCUCGGAGGAAGGCGCAGCAAUCUUUUGGACUUUCUGAGAUCAAGGCGGAGUUGAUGAAAACAGUUCUUGGAAUCACUUUACAAUAUCGCCUGCCGAGACCUUGA